UCUGAACAUUUCUGACAAUGUCAGAAACGGAGGAUGUGGUCACUAAAGCCCGAGCCGUCACAGAUAAGUUUCAGUUUGGACCAUGGAGCAUUUUAUCAGUUAAAAGUCACAUACUGAAUUCAGAGGGACCAGCCAGGGAAAGGUUUGAGUCUCAGCUAGAGCUGCCGCAAGUUCCUGAAAUGAUCUUUGCUGACAAUGUUUUGAGGAUUGUACAUUCAGAUGGGUACGGGAUAGAGUUCAACGCUUUAGAUGCUCUAAAGUGUGUGGAUGCACAUCAUGAUCCUCUCAAAGUUGCUGUGUCUCAAGCUUGGAGGGAGGCAAGGGCUGACUGUGAACACAUUAAUGAUGUAGUAAAACCAUUUGAUUGGACCUACACCACAGAUUACAAAGGAACUCUGAUAGAAAAAUCAGGAAAAAAUAUUACUGUUACAGAAACAAGUGAAAGAAUUAACUUGGAGAAACUUAAAGUCAGAGAGAAGAUUUUGUUUUAUGAAGACAUACUGCUAUUUGAAGAUGAACUUGCUGAUAAUGGAGCAUCACUUCUAAAUGUCAGAAUGAGAGUGAUGCCGUCAGGUUUCUUUGUCCUGUUGAGGUUCUACAUGAGAGUGGAUAAUGUUAUGAUUCGGGUUAACGACACAAGGCUGCAUUACGAGGCUGGUAAUAACUAUAUGCUGAGAGAAUUUGUUAGUAAAGAGGACAAAGUUAGAGAUAUCACGGUGUCACCCCAUAGUCAAACUGACCCAAAUGAGAUAGCCAAUCACCUGACACAAAGGAGGGAACUAUGUGAAAAGUUAGUGUUUCCUGAGACUUCUAGUGAUGAUAAAAGCUAGCAGUGUUUUAGAUCGCAAAUUCUGUGAAUAAGUGUAAAAUUGAAG